AUGGCCGAAUCCGCUGUUACCGCUGUGGUUGGGAACAUGAGCAGGCUCGUGAUUCAGGAGACCACAUUCUUGUGUGGAGUCACAGUCGAAGUCACCUUCUUGAAAGAUGAACUAAUGAGGUUGCAGGGCUACCUCAAAGACGCUGAUGUCAAGCGGAGAUCAGGAAAUGCGGCAGUCGCUAUCUUGGUGGUCCAGAUCAGGGAUGCGGCGUAUGUGGCCGAAAAUGUCAUCAAGGCCGUCGAGCACAUGCAGAAAAGUAACAGGCUCAAGAAGGGAUUCGUGGGCGCCGUUUCAAGGUAUGCUCACUUGCCGGCCGAUUUGGUUAACCUUCACCAAGUCGGUGUUCAAGUUAAGCAUGUAAGAAGAAAGAUCAGUGAGAUAUUUGAAAGCGCGCACUGUUUGAAAAUUGAUUUGGAUACUAGUGCAGUAGAGAAAUGUCAUGAUGAGGAUGAGUUCCCACAAGAUUACUGUCUUAUGCACCAAAACUUUGAAGAUGACAUUGUGAUGGUUGGUUUUCAGGAUGAGUAUAAAGAAAUAGUGGAUAAAUUAGUUCAUGGAGAAAACAUGCUUAGCGUUGUUUCCAUAGUCGCCAUGGGUGGGGCGGGAAAAACUACACUUGCAAGAAAAGUAUGCACUUCAUCUAGAGUGAAGCAACAUUUUGAUACCAUUGCUUGGGUGAGUGUAUCUCAAAAGUUCAAGGGCAUUGAUUUACUAAACGAUAUUAUGAAGCAGAUGAUGAAUGUUAUUGCGAACAUGCCGCACCUGGUUUAUAUUUACCUUGAGCAGUUCAAUGUGCUCGAUAAGCUUCCGGAGAGCCAUCACUUCCCACAAAGCCUGCGAGAGCUCCAUCUAUCUGCUGAUGUCAUUAAGCAAGACCCGAUGCCAAUCCUGGAGAAACUUCCCUGUCUUGUGGUGCUCGUGUUGCAGGGGUAUGACGGGCAUACCAUGUGCUGCUCUGCCCAAAGGUUUCCUCGUCUGCAAGAGCUACAACUUUUUGAGUUUUCCAUCGAGGAGUGGAGGAUGGAGAUUGGGGCAAUGCCAAAGCUCUCCACCUAA